UCUUUUGCUGCUCUCAUGAUCAUGUUGAGAUCAAAAAGUGGAGAUCAACUAAGCUUUUAUCAGACAAUAAGAGAUAUUCGUGGAUUAUGGAAGUGUGAUAAAGUUGUGUGUAAAAAUAGAAAACGUAAAAAUAAUAAUAUUGAACGACGGAAUAAUAACAAACGCCAGAUGUGUGCCGCCACAAAUAAUACACAAUAUAAUUUCAAUAAUAAUGAUCAACAAAAUAAAGCUGAAACCAAUUCGAGUGGUUCAAAUACACAUUUGGAUAAAGAUAAAUGUGAGAAGAUCAAGCGCUUCAUCUUAAUUGGUGUGCUGGCAGUGUUGGGCAUUGUCGGCUGGCACAUCUACGAGUACUUCUAUGCGGGCAAAGGCGGUGGCGGCGAUGAUGGCACAUUUGUUGAGCACGAAAUUAUUGAUCUCACACAGCGUCUUUUCGCCGACGAAGUGCGUACCAACAACUAUCCGAUCAACGUGAAUUUCCAGGGAAAAACCAAAUCUUUUGCGCGCGACGACCGUGCAGCGGAGCCUUUACUCCAAACAGAUGAUGCGUUGUACACAACGGAUGCCUCCAGCACGAUUCCAUUGUUACGUCGACUAUUCGACAACUAUCUGCUCGAUGUGAAUGCAGUAGAAGGCACCACGGCGGAACAGGCACAGGAAGAGUUGGAUUUUCUUAGAGCUGUGCUCAAAACCUCAAUCAUGAAGCAUACAAUGCUAUUUCUGCAACAGCGAGGUCUCGUUGCCGCCAAUCACAAGGCUCAAAUUGAAUUACUCAGGAGCGUUUGGUUUACCCAGUAUUCACGCUCCAGAGGACGCAUGGGUAGUUCGGGUUUUGAGCAUGUAUUUCUCGCCGAACUGCGCGAUGAGACGAUUUUAGGUUUACACAAUUGGAUUUACUUUCAUGAACAGGAAGCCCAAGGCAAUUUGGAUUAUAAGGGGUUCAUCGAGAAAAUACAAUUGGAUAAGAACAAAUAUGUGCUGGCCACACGCUUUACAUUCUACAAUCAUAUUAAGCCAUAUAACACACUUUUCAUUGGCACUUCACCGGAAUUCGAGCUGAGUGUUUACACUGUCUGCUUCCUGUUGCAUGUGGAAGAACCAUGUCCGGUGCAGAUGGGCAACACUAAAUUCAAUAUUAAUACAAAUGCUUGGGAUUGGCAUGGACGGAAGACAUUGGCAGCUGCCUAUCCGAGCUUGGAGAAAUGAAAUGUGUAAUUUGAUGCAAAGCUUUGGCCUCGUUCGGAGCAUUCGUCUGGAGGCUAGAGUAUUGCUGAAUAUUUUAUUACCUAAGUAUAUAUGUAUGUAUGUGUGUACAUAUGCAUUUAAUAAAUAAUUGAAGUGGUUUUGAA